AUGUGUUGCAUCUUCACGUGUUUUGGUUGGAUGAUAGAUCUCAUCCAAAGAUUUUGGACAUUUUUGAUGUCGUGUUGCAUAUGCUCGGCGGUAUGCUGUUUACUAGUAAUUUCAGCCAUGGCGGGUAUUGCUUUAGGAUAUAACUACUCACUUGCUGAGUACAUCGAUUUGAAAGAAUCGAAUGUUUCUAUAUUCUUGAAACGUGGUAUCUUCGAUGACGAAAUUGCCGAUAUGCAGUUAAGACGCGCUAAUGAUGAGCAGAACCAAGGAAGAUUAAAUGCCAGAAGAUCGGGUGCCGGAGAUAAAGGUCCCGAUGAAGAGACAACCAUUAGGUCAGGCCGAAGGCUUGAUGAUUCUGUAUUCGAUGGGGGUGAUCAGUACAAAUAUGAGGGUUCCUUGAUGAAGCUAACGGCCAAGCCUCCUUUUGAGCGCACUACCCCACAUUUAAUUACAGAAGACUCUGAAAUGGGAAAGGCAAUAUCAAGUUAUACUAAAGACACCUUAGAUUCGCUGAAAGCAAUACAAUCUGUGGUUGAUGCAAGAAGAGCGUAUGCCGAAACCAUUCGCGGACCGACUUAUUCUCCUGUGCCAACAUACCCUUUCAACGAAGUUGAACGCGCCAGUCAUGUGGUUCCAACAGAUCAACAAUUACUAGCUUUCAGGCGAAUGCAAGGUGAUAAUAAUGUCAGUCCAACAAUGAAUCCCGCCAGACUUGCUGUGCCCGAUCGAAGUAUAGGUGAAGAUAUAAAUUGGAUGGGUCCAUUGAGACAAAAGAGCUAUGAAAGAAAAUUUAAAGAGUUUGGAAUAGAACCCGAACAUUUGACAUUCCCUUCGCCGAUAACAUAUAAUGCAGGACCUGUUAGACCUACACCUACUACGUCAACAAUAGGAGCAGGUGCUAUCUAUCUAACAAAACAUAACCCGAUCACACUGUUUACUACAAGGCCUACUGGCGAUAAUGAAAUUUCUUCUUUUACAAAAGACCCUAAAGUUCUUUCAUUUAAAGAGAAAUUAAUGGCAGAGAACAAUAGACCAGUAAAGAAACAUAAACCAUCUGACGAAGAUUAUGACUAUGAUUUAAAAGGACUACCAGUGCGAAAACGUAGAAGUAUCAAUUACGAUAAUAAAUACGAGCACAAAAAUGACGAGCCAUAUGAUAUACCUCUCAAAAUGACAGAUGAAGACCGAAGUAGCGAGUCUAAAUUAAAUCAACAUAACAUUUUUACAAGUCCCUCAGCCACAUAUGAAGUUGAUGGUUCCUACGAUCCUAACAACAUACGAAAGCAGAAGUUGACAAAAGUUUCAGAAAGAAUAGACGGACAAAUCAGAGAUAAUAUUACUUAUGAUCUAGAAUCUACUUCUAAAGUGUCUGAGAAACAGAACUUAAAUGGAUCCAUGUUACAAAAUAUAUUUAAUCAUAUGGUACUGAGGUUAGAACUAAUUCAAAAAAAGCUUUCAGAAUCUCCUCAACAGGGCCAGUCUCAUUUUAGAUCAAGUAGAAAUCUUUUUAAAAACAACAAUAAUGACACUGAAAUAAGAGAAGUCUUUAAAAGUAAAUCCAUUCCUAAUAAUAGCAGUACAAAUUUCGAAAGUACAGUAAAUGCCUCCAGAAAUAGAACAAAAAAUGUCACUAGAGAUUCCAAUCCUUCUAGAGGAGUGUCCUUGCAACCAGUAUUAAUUCAAAUGCUAUUACCUACAGUUGCGUAA